GAGUAUAUGAGUGAAGAGGAGGAGGAGGAGAAGGAGGAAAUGGUUGCUCAGAAUGCAAACGCCACUGCAGCAGACGAAGAGGCAGCUGCUUCAAAGAGCCAGCAGUUUCAGGACCUGGUUUCCCUCACCAUGCAGCUGAGUCAGGAGAGUGGCCUGCCUGAUGUACAGACGGCUGCGGAUACACAGCAGUCACUGGAUAUUUUCUUCGUUGGGGGCUUAUUGCUGAAAACAAAGCGCAGGAAGGAGUGGAUGAAGAUGGCAGAGAAGGAGGACGGGAUUUCUGCUGAGGAGUUUGCGAGCCACCUGGAGAAAUUCGUCCUUAAGAGUGGUCUCGCUCACGCCCGCAGCGACCGGCCCUCUAAACGCAUCGCCGCUGCCUAUGAGGGAGUCUGUGUGCAUUUGAACGUGGUGAAGGUGAAGGAUCUGAUUGGACCUACUGAUGACUUCACCACGCCCAUCCACCUUGAGAGUGACGCUGAUGAGGAGGCGUGGAGCAAGUGUCAGCCCCAUAUGGAAAUUCCCCGGGACAUGUUCACUGACGAGCGCUGCACGGAAAGGAAAGCAGUAAUCGCCACCUUCAUAUACACAAGUCUUCAUAAGGUUGAGAGACACCCGCUGCCUCUUACUGCCGGCAAACUGAAUCCUAAGGUGGAGAACUUCUUGGACUCACAAGUGGCAAGCUUCCGUAUCGGCGUUACUCCCGUGAUGCGCGCCCCAGGUAAGGUGGACCCCACUACGCCGCCCUGCAAUCCUAACCCGAUCAAGUCUAAACUGAAGUCGAAUCUACCCCACUUGACUAAAAUGCAAACUUCGGGACGCCACCUGCUCUUCCACGGCAAUCUGAGUGCGAGCAAGCUGGAGGCGCGGCGGUGCGCGUGGUACAACCCUGAGGCUGGCCAGCACGGGCAGUGGGAUGGGGAGCAGUGUCGCGUGUGGCACAGCUACGACGGCGGCACCAAGUGUAUGUGUCGCCAGCAGGGCAUGUACGCCGUGCUGGCCGAGAUGGUGGAGCCGAUGGUGGUGCCUGAUGAGCCGGAGUGGUUGGUAAUACUGCGCUACGUGCUGUACGGCCUGUCCGCAGUCUGCCUGCUCUUCUUCAUGUUCGUGGUGGCCUUCGCUGGAGAGUUAAAGGAGCAGUUCCACCUGAUGGGGCUUUGCCUGGCGGGGUGCCUGCUGGCGGGGAGCAUCUUCAUGGUGGUUAGUGACGUGGAGCAGGUUAGGGAAGACCGUCAUGUCUGCACGGCCAUCGGCACACUCCAGCACUUCUGCUAUCUGGCUGCGGGGGCGUGGAUGGCCAUGAUAGGACACGCCUCCUUCAAGUGUGUCACGUCAGGCAUCGUGGGCGGCAGGAUGAAGCAGUAUGGCUACCUGUCAGCUGGAAUGCCGCUCGUGUCCGUGGGGUGUACCUACACCUUUUUCCUCUAUGACCUUGGCAACGACCCUCGCUGCUUCAUAUCAUGGUACGACUCGCCCAAGGAGGUGUUCUUCGCGCCUCAGAUAGUGUUCUGCGGAGUGGCUCUCUUUUGUGCCCUAGUGAUCUUCUUCAACCUUCACACGGCGGCUUUCAGGAACAAGCCCAGCGUGGAGGAUUACCGUUCGUUCACCCUGGGCUCCUCGCUUCUCAUCGUAUACUUCAGCCUCACAUGGACCUUCGCCGUGAUCACCUACCUCGACUUCGAGCUGGACGUUGACUUCUACCCCGUGUUCCAGAUCUUCAACGCCCUCAGCGGCGUGAUGCUGCUCGUGUGUCUCGGCGCCUGUUCCUCCCGCUUCAAGAUGGUGCUGGCGGGGCAGGCUAAGUUAAGGCGGGAAAAGCUUCGCCACUACAUGAAUCCCUCUGGUGGUGGUGGCGAUGACCGAGGGCGAGAUGCUGGUGCACUGAUCCCACCGUAUGCCGCCCCUUCACCGCGCCGUUUCUCCGCCUCUCCUCAUCGCGUCGCCCCGUCACCUACUCCCUCUGCUGUACCCACUUCCCUCUCUCCUGUGCCGAGUCGCCCUCCAUCCUCUAACACUCUUGAGGUUCCGGGAGCCCGGCCCAGGAGUACUGCCUCGCUGAUCUAAGAUAGACUGUCACCAGCUCGCCUCUCCUUCCUCUCGCUGUGCCAUGGUCCCAGAAGAAGUGGCAAGUACUUAGCAACACUCACUGCAGCAGGCGACGAAGCAGAAGUAAGGAAAGGUAGCAGGUGGCGCAAAGACCCAGCCCCAUGUUCUGAAACGCUUCUCUCUCUCAUCACGACUAUUAAGGACUAAAGCGAUGAUUUGGAAGGUUCUCAUGAAUGUUUCUCCUUCAGUAAUAUCAAAAUAAUAUUAAUCCUUCGCUGGAUCUGUAAAAACACCUUUAAAGAAUUCAUGUCACUUUUAACUAGAGCUUUAGGAAUCUAGUGAAAGUACGUCAAGGAGAAGUUGGAAAACAUGGCUGGGAGGAUGAAGGUAACUUGAAAGCGCUGUGGUGUUCUUAUCGUUUCUUGAGUGUCUUGGUGAGGGUUCCAGUGUACGAGAGAAACGAAGAGACUAUAUUUAUACACAAGAGAGACAGACGAAGGAAAGAAAGACAAAUUCAGGAAAGACAGAAGAAAAAAAGUACUAGCCCUCUUCCUUAAACAAGAAAGAAAAAGAUAUAAGGAAAGAACCGUAGUAGUUGUAAUAAUAAAUCAAGCUUAGUAGAUUUCUUAUUAGUCAAAUGUACAAGCUAAAAUUUCCCAUGUGCCUUUUUUGGGCCAAGUAUGUUUCAUUAUAGGGUAUCAACAAACACUGUAUACCUCCACUCAUUUAUAAGGCUCUGGACCACGUAUUAAUUGGGAUUUCGUGCCAGGAACCACCACUAAACAUUCCUUUGCCUCGGUUAUGCCAAUGUACAAUUGCACCACCAGUCUGCUGUGUCCUACGUUUUAUGCUCAUUACGGGAAGGGAUAUGUCAAGAAUUAGCGUGGAUAGAAUGAAAAGUUACUCUAAUAGUUGUACCACUCAGAAUUGAAGACUAUGUAGGGCUGAGUGGCGCAGUUGGUUAAGGCGGCUCGUGUUUGAAUCUUUGUUAAACCUAGUUGCCCGGUGGGAGAUGUAGCGUUCUCCCGUUAACCCUAGUGGUGCCAUAUGACCUAAGCUGUUGCGGCGCCCAAAGGAAUAAUUUCCAUUUUUGAGGAUUUCAGGUUGCAUUGUCAUGCGCAGGCAACCUUCACAUUAUCUCCAUCUGAUACGGUAUUGCAUCCAUUAUUCUUUACCUAUAACACUAUCACUGUUGUUCAUCAUUAUUCAAAAUCUAGUAGUUGAUUAUAUUAUAGGUAUUUGUUACUGUUGACUGCAUAUUGGAUUUAUAUUAAUAGGCAUUCGGACGUUGGUGUUGCCGAAGUACGAUGAUACAACCUUCAGUUUCUAAACCACAACUAAAGAUUAAUGUCAUCUGCCCAAACAUUCACGUUAGAGAGACGUUCAUGUAAACUCACGAGCAUUUCUUUUUUUUUUUUUUUAAUGUUAUGGCCUAUAGCACCUGUAGGUGUACUUGAAGAGUGCGUAUAGGUAGCGCUGUUCAGCUUCUACCCAUUAGUGGAGCAGGCAAUUUUAUUUAUAGUGGUACCCAUAUUUGGGCCCAUAGCACCACCCGAGCGCAUCAUGGUGACAUGUAGGUAACUUCAAACCACUCGGCAAAUGCAAAGUGUUUAAAGCGGUACGUGGUGGGAUUCGAAGCUACGCGUGGUUGUCUGCCUUAUUUAUAUAAGGGGGAAAUUCGUUAAUUUGGUCAAAAAAAUUGAAAAAUUGGAAACUUGGUACUUGGGUUCGUCUCUGGAGAGGGAAGCUAUGGCCGAAGUUGCCAGACGCAUAACGCACUGCUUACCUGGUAAUGGCG